UUCCAGCUUAAUACCAAAACGUCCCCAGCAACCAACCAGGCACCUGGCCCAGAGGAAAAGGGGAAGGCCAACAGUGCCAAGAAGGCUGAGGAGGAAGAGGAGAUUGAUAUUGAUCUGACAGCACCGGAAACAGAGAAGGCCGCCCUUGCCAUUCAGGGCAAGUUCCGGAGAUUCCAGAAAAGGAAAAAGGAUCCUAGCCCCUGAAUAACCAGGCUUGCCCUCCCCCCCUCUCCCUUCUCUCCCCUCCUCCACAGUUCCCACUCCUGUGUGUCCCUCUCGCCUCUUGUGGAGGCAAGUUCGACCUUUAGAUAUUAUUUUCUCUGAUCGCCCCCUCCAGCCAUCGCAGCAGCGGAAGCACGAGGAACAUGGGGAAGAUGGAGAACCCAGUUGGCAGCCACCUGACUGAGGUGGACCGGUUUCUCCUCAGGAUAAGCCUCCUUGGUCGGUACCUGUGCCUCGCCUGUGAGGUUGAGGGGCAAGAGGCUUUGAGGCUGAGACAGGGGCCCCCGCCAGCGUGGGAGGGAGGGGAAAGCCUUCAGAGCAGGGCGCCGAGGGGGGGGCACCAGCACCGUUCUGCCAGCUACAACAUUCACACUUCAGGUAACGGGUUUUGCCGCUCACAUCCGUCUGGGCCACCACAUCCACCCACCCUCUUAGGACCUGGGUGACAGUGGGGACUGGAGCCCCCCCCCCCCCAGGGGGACCCAAAUCAAGCACCUUCCACGUUAUUGCAUGCCGAGUAGAGGAGUUCCCAGGAAGGGACCCUUCAUCAUCCAGUCUGCGACCAUAAGAGGCAGAGGCAGAGCGGGUUUCGAGGGUCAAGGGCAGGGAGCCGAUCUGGAGAGGACAGGAGUGUGGGGGAGGGGGGCCUUCUGGAGACUACUGCUGGUAGAUGUGUACCCAGAGGAAGGAUUUCCGGGACUUUGCUAACCUGCCUACCUCUAACCUCCCACAUCUGGCCAUCCCUGAAGGCGGCCAAACCAAGUGACCCCUGGAGUCCCCACCUACCCCGCCGUGGAGUCCGAGCGGAAGUGACAUAGCCCCGCUGUGUGAUUUUAGCAUGUU